AUGAGCGUCGAAAGCGUCGUCGGCGUAGGUUCGAGCGUGCUUGUCGACUCUACAGACGAAGUGCUUGAAACCACGUUGGAGGAAUCGCUUGAAAAUACUGAUGAGAAAGAGCUUGAAGUAGCGUCCGAAGAACUUGAGAUAGUCGAUGUCGUGCUUAAACUCGUUUCUGAUGCGCUUGAGGACAUGACUGAGGAGCUCGAUACCACCGAGGAAGUGCUAGAGGCGGACUCAGAAGCACUUGAAGAAACCAUUGAAGAGGAGCUCGAGGCAACGUCCGAAGAGCUUGAGACAGCAGAAGACGUGCUAGAGGCAACCUCAGAAGCACUUGAAACAACUGAAGAGGAGCUAGAGGCAACGUCCGAACUUGAAAUAGCAGAAGCCGUGCUAGAGGCGAGUUCAGAAGUGCUGGUUGAGAAGGACGAGGAGGAGCUCGAAGAUGGGACCUCAGAAGAACUUGAUAUGGCCGAGGAUGUGCUGGAAGCGACCUCAGGAGUGCUAGAAGGGCUGGCAUCGGACGUAGUAGAUGCUGCCUGGCUAGAAAUAGACCCAACUGCCGAGGCACUGGAGCUCGAUUCCGAGACAGAAACAAUCGAGGAGACAGACGCGGACUCCGUAGAGGAAGGCUGGAUGCUUGACACGCUCGAGGAAGAUUCGCUGGCAGAUGCGCUCGAGGAAGACGCGCUGGUAGAUGCGCUAGAUGAGGAUGCUGACUCCGGUGCACUGGACGAUGAAGCUGAAACAAGCUCACUGGACGAGGACGGAGUGCCAGAUGCGCUCGACGAGGCGGACUCGCUAGUAGUUGAAGAGGCUGCCGGCGAGCUUGAGGUGGGCGCUGGUGUGCUGGAAGCACUUGCAGACGAGGCGGUGGGAGAACUCGAGACUAUGUCUGAGGAGAGGCUGGAAGAGACAACACUAGACGAAGAGCUAGACGAGCUGGCUGUGGUGGACCCGGCAGACGAGCUCGCCGCACUCGACGAGGAAGCAGAUUCACUUGUAGACGACGAUACCGUAGUUGAGCUGAUAGCGGAACUUGACUGCGUGGAUGAAAUCGAUGGAGUCGAGAGCGAUGAACUAAGCUGCGUAGAGGAGGCCCCAGACGCCGAGCUUUCUGAAGUCAAGGAAGCCACUGAUGAUGACGAAGUUUGA